UUGCAGGUUUUGACAGCAGGUCCGUUUUUUACCUCUUUGCUUUCUUUAUUCCACCCUGCCUCGCUCUUUCUUUCUCUAUUUAAUACGCCUGUAGCCUGCCGUGUGUGUGUAUUUAUUUAUUUAUGCAUCUUAUUUGAAAGUAUUUUAGGGUUUUUUUUUAACAUUUUAGUCGCUCCUUCAAAUGAGAAGACGUAAAAGAUGGAGCUUCAUAUUUUAGAGCACAGCUUGAAAGUGGCGAGUAUAGAAAAAGAGGGGAUCCAGAUUUGCACUCACGGAUUAAUAAAACUCGCUUUCUUGGCCUCCAAAACAAGAUGCAAGUUUUUCAGUUUGACAGAGACUCCGGAGGACUACACCAUAAUCGUCGACGAGGAAGGCUUUAAAGAGUUGCCCCAGUCGGAGCACAUCAGUGUUGCUGACGCCACAUGGUUGGCCCUCAAUGUGGUGUCAGGGGGUGGCAACGCCUCCAACUCGCAACCCAUCGGAGUCACCAAAAUCGCAAAAUCGGUUAUUGCACCGCUGGCCGACCACAACAUCUCUGUUUUCAUGCUGUCGACGUAUCAGACGGACUUUAUUCUGGUUCGAGAGCGAGACCUGCCGAUGGUCAUGCACACGCUGUCUUCCGAAUUCACUUUGCUUCGGGUGGUCAACGGAGAGACUGUUGCUGUUCACGAUCUGGGAGUCACCAAUGGCUUCGUAAAGCCUAAACUUGUGCCCCGUCCCAUCAUUCACCCCUUAUCUAGUCCCAGCAACAUGUUCUGUGUGACCAGCCUGGACCCGGACACACUGCCCUCUGUAGCCACCCUGCUCAUGGACGUCAUGUUUUACUCCGGAGGGCCGAAGGAGGCCGGAGCAUCUGGCGAGGACUCCAACCACAUCCGCUUCUUCUCCUUCUCCCUGAUCGAGGGCUACAUCUCACUGGUCAUGGACGAACAGACAACUCAAAGGUUUCCAAACAACGUCCUCUUCACCAGUGCUUCUGGUGAGCUUUGGAAAAUGGUUCGCAUCGGGGGACAACCUUUAGGAUUUGAUGAGUGCGGCAUCGUGGCUCAAAUAUCAGAACCCUUGGCAACGGCUGACAUUCCAGCUUACUACAUUAGUACCUUCAAGUUUGACCACGCCCUGGUUCCCGAAGAAAACAUCCAAAGUGUGAUCGGAGCUCUGCGGACCAAGAGCACGGCACAGUGAAGAAACCGAUGACCGUUUUCAAAGUCAUUUCGUUCAAACGUUUAUCAUGUCCAAAAAGUGCCAAGAGCUUAUUUUAGCGAACUACUGUGGAUCGGCUCUGAAAGGAAGGGAUCUAACCACGAAGCGUGGGUGGCGUACCGGGGAGGGGGGGAGUGUGACGGUGUGUUAGGGAUGCCUGUGUUACUCGAUCAUUUUCUUUGCCCCCUUCCUUCCCCCGACACUCGAGGCCCUCCACUGCCUGCUCUGGUAGUUGUUGCUUUAGUUUACCAGACUGAAUAUGUUUCUUUUCCUCUCUAAAGCUGCUUCUUCCCACUCCCUGACCCCCACGAGCACCAUACUGUAUUAGUUACAUAAUUCCUCUUGCGGAAGGAUGACGAAUGUACUCUCAAAAACGAAAUAUAUAUUAUAAGCUCUCCAUUCAUUUCCACAGGUCAUUUCUCAGUGCCAAGAUGUUUGAAUGCCUAAACUGAUGCCUUUGUCAAAAUACUAUACUUGUGUGCAAUUGUAGGAGACAAUUCUUUGAGACAGCUGGCGGUGUGACGCAGCACUUGGUUGAGUAAUAAGGUUUUGUUUUUUGUUUUGCUUCGAGUAGCUGUUGAACAUCUUUCAUUUAGAGCAAUGAUCUGACAGUCCGUUGUUAAAUUUAGAUGCUUGAUUUGGUGGAACAUGAAGUGAAUCCAUGAUCUCGAUGAGGAAAUGAUCGUUUUUGUGUUUUAAAAAGUUACAUGCAGUCACACUGUGAGCAACCUGGUCGAUGGUCGUUUGAAAGGGGCAGAUUUUAUGUACUUAUACAACAUUUAUAUUAAUAGAUUAUUUGGCUGGCAGGACAAUUUAUGUAGUGUAAAUUAAUGGUUUCAGAGUUGCGCUUCAGAGUCAGGCCAAAAUUUGAACUUGUCCAUUACUGUGGUUAUUAAAAAAAAAUACUUUAGAAACUAAUGAGAUUCUGAUCAGUCUCAGCUCAGCUUUGUGUUUAGUAAUAAUUUAGUAUACCACUAAAGUGAACACAGUAAACAUAAACUGCUGCACAUUAGCAUGUUAACUUUGUCAUUGUGAUAACACCUGUUGCCAGUCAUAGAUACAGCGACAUUUUUUCAUUACACAGCAAAACAACUACUAUUACAACAAUUUAAAAAAGUUAAUAUUUUUUAAAUAAAAAGCAGACAUUUAGUAACAAUUCAUGUCCAAUACAAAAUGUCGUCUAGGAUAAAUUUCAGAAUUUAGCAUCAUAUCUAGACACCAUAUUAAAAACAUCAUCAUAUUUGAAAAUAUAAUAGGCUUCCAUUUACAUUAGUGCACAAACUAAGCAAGAGAUACAAAAAAAAAAGAAGUAACCACCACAUUUUCACUGACCUCCAUGCUGCUUUCUACUGUUUGCUAACCUGUUUUCUGGCCUGUUUUUGAUGUCGAAUGUGACACACCAGUAAAAAUAAACAAAAAACACAUACACACAUUCACAGAAAACAUACUGUUCUGCUGCAGAGCCGUGUACACAGCUCUUGUCUACUGGCAAUAAGAAAAUAGUCUAUAGCCUAUUUAGUGGGUUUUCCCAUGUUUAAAAAACUAAUUUUGGUGGAAAAGGGGUAUAAUUAAUGCAUAUGUCUCUUUUGUUAAAUCUGAACAGACAAGUCAAAUCAACUUUUUGUAGUGUUAUGGAGAGUUACAUACUCUAAACACUCCUCCAACAAGCUUUACUGUAAAUAUGAAAUGGUUGCAUUUUCUGGUCGGUUUCGAUGACUUGACGGUCACGUUGCUCACAGUGUGAAGCCGCAAUAAGUCCUGCUAAAAAAAUGCAAUGAUGAAAAUGUUUGCAUCUACAGUAGUAAUAAAUUACUGAGCCACUUUGACAAUGUAAUAUAAAAAUAAUGACAUAAACAUAAGCUAUGGUUCACACAGGGAAGGAGCCCUGGUGUCCAUCACGGUGUUGAAGCUGCCCCUCCCCGGCCCCAGUCUGCACUUUAACGCAGGUCCCACCCCCACAGGCCUGCUGUACUGAUGUGAAAACGGGGGAGGGCUAUUUACUGUAGAGAUCCUGUCCAGACGGGGAGAUUUCUGUUGGUCUUAAACAUUUGGUGAUAAUGUUUUUCUUUCUUUUCUUUUGUUUUCACGCCACCUUGCACCUAACAACAACCUCUCUUCUGAUCAGAUGUGAUUAGUAGAAACCCUGUAUUUAUCAGUGUUAAAACAGGAAGAAGGUGACAUUUCUUCUGAUUCCAUUUCAAAGACAAAAGUUGAAAGCUUUUCAUUUGGAGCUUCUUGUGUGAAAAAAAAAAUAAACAAGCUUUUUUUUUUUUUGGAGCUUGUUGCGUGUUCAGUUUUCACCAAUGUGUCAUUUUUACUGUCUUUAGUUAACAACAGGGAUUGUCCUCUCACUGUUAUUUGCUCCCAAUGUGUACUUUAAUCAAUAAACUCGUGACAUCUCUGCACAAAGUGGUCGUCAGAGCCUCAAGAAUCACUAUAAAUCAGAUUUGUCUGUCCAAUUUUGGAGUAUUUUGACAUAUAAAAAACAGGAAAAUAACACUAUAAAUACACACAAACUCAUCUUUGAGAUAAUAAAAUGCAACAAC